GCCUCUGAAGUACGAGAUUGAUCACCAAGUUCGCGGAUCGCUGGAAAGAGAGAGCGAUCAAGCUCCGAUGGACGCCACCACUGGAGAAAAUCCUCAAAGCGUGGUUGUGCCUCCUGUGGAAGGUGUUGGUGGUGGAGGUACUGCUUAUGGAUGGACUGAUGGAAGCUUGGAGUGUUCUUAUUCAUUCAAAGGAGUGGCAGACCCUGCAAAAGUUCCAUCUGCAGAACUACUAUAUGUAUGGUGUAUGCCCAGUACAGCAACUAUUGGGCAACAAGAAAUGCCUAGACCUUUGGAAUCUGUAUCUCUUCUGGCUGCAAGGAAUGAAAGGGAAAGUGUUCAAAUCGCUAUGCGCCCUAAGGCUUCUUGGGGAGGUUUGAGUGGUGCAGGGACUGUGCAGAUCCGCUGUUCUGACCUUUGCUCCUCUUCUGGUGAUAGGUUGGUGGUGGGGCAGUCAUUGACUCUGCGGAGAGUGGUACCUGUCUUAGGUGUGCCUGAUGCCCUUGCACCUCUUGAUCUCCCAGAGGCUCGAAUUAGCCUACUCCCUGGAGAAACAGCAUCAGUUUGGGCAUCAAUUGAUGUGCCUACUGGGCAACCACCUGGUCAAUAUGAAGGACACAUUUUUGUUACUGCUGUAAAGACUGAGACAGAUUCUUUGCUUCAAUCUUUCGGUAAAUCAGAGAAGUAUCAAUUAUACAAAGAGCUUAAAAACUGCCUUGAUGUAAUUGAACCAGUUGAUGAGAAGCCAUUGGAGGAAGUGGUCGGCAAAGUAAAAUGUGCUACUUCAACACUAAAGAAAGUUCUUUCUUCAGUAGCAUUUCAAGAGUUCUAUCAAGAUAAUGGCUCAGCUGACAUGAUGGAUGAAGAUGCUUUGACUACUAUUUCAAUCCAUGUGAAAAUCAAUAUCACAGUAUGGGAAUUCACUUUGCCGCGAACACCUUCUCUUCCAGCUGUUUUUGGUAUAUCUGAAACUGUUAUUGAGGACCGGUUUGGCUUGGAGCAUGGGAGUGAUGGCUGGUAUAAUGCAUUAGAUCAGCACUUCAAUUGGCUUCUUCGAUAUAGAAUCAGUCCUUUCUUUUGCAGAUGGGGUGAUGGCAUGCGUAUUUUGGCUUACACUUGUCCCUGGCCUGCUGAUCAUCCAAAAUCAGACGAAUAUUAUUCCAAUCCAAGAUUGGCAGCAUAUGCUGUCCCUUAUGCUCCAAUUCUUUAUUGUAGUGAUGCAGCAAAAGUUUCCUUGUGCAAAGAGCUUGAGAUCCUGAAAUCAAAGGUUCAUUGGCCAAAAGCUUACUUUUACUUGUGGGAUGAGCCAUUAAAUCUUGAGCAAUACGAAAUGAUACAGAGCAUGUCAAGCGACAUACGGGCUUAUGCACCUGAUGCACGAGUUCUGACCACUUAUUACUGUGGUCCAAGUGAUGCGCAUCUUCCGGCUAAUAGCUUUGAAGCCUUUGUUAAUGUUCCAAAUCUUUUACGUCCUCAUACUCAAAUAUUUUGUACAAGCGAGUGGGUUCUUGGUUCAAGAGAGGAUUUAGUGAAAGAUAUUAUAGCUGAACUACAGCCUGGGCAUGGUGAGGAAUGGUGGACUUAUGUGUGUUUGGGACCUUCUGAUCCUCUUCCAAAUUUACAUCUUGGCAUGCGAGGCACACAAAAUCGAGCAGUUAUGUGGAGAGUAUGGAAAGAAGGCAGCACAGGUUUUCUCUACUGGGGUACCAAUUGUUAUGAGAAAACAACAGUGGCUAGUGGCGAGAUAAGAUUUCGACGUGGACUUCCCCCAGGCGAUGGAGUUCUAUUUUAUCCUGGUGAAGUCUUUUCAUCUUCACAUGAACCAGUUGCCUCUGCCCGGCUCGAACACUUCCUCAGUGGCAUGCAGGACAUCGAGUACUUGAACCUGUACUCUUCAAGGUUUGGAAGAGAAGAGGGGCUAUCACUGCUCGAGAGGACCGGUGUCUAUCUUGGCCCGGAGCGAUACACACUGGAUCACAUGGCUAUUGCAGCAAUGCGCGCGCAAAUCUACCAAGCAUGCAGGCCUUCCCUCGUCGUCUAGAGGGAGUACAUAUUAACUUAAAUUAGAAUUCAUGCAUGGAUCAGGUCUCUCUUGCCGCGAAGUCAUUGCAUAACAUCAAAAUGGAGAUGACAAUGUGCUUGAGCCAUUGAUCUUGUGUUUCGUUGUCACCUUUGCACUCCAAUAGUCCCUUUUUGUUCAUUGGAAUUCUCUUGUUGUCUAAUUUGGGUUUAUAUUUUGGUUAUGUCAUAAAUAUUUUUUUA